CCGCCGCGCAUGCGCAUUGGGCGGGAUGUCGAGCCGCGGGAAGCGGGAGCGGGAGGCCCGGGCGGCUCCGCGGGCGGCGGGCGGCAGCUCCUCCUCCUCCUCCUCCUCUUCCUCUUCAUCGCGGGGCUUGUCGCGGAGUUCCCGGGAUGGGGAGGCGGAGCGGUCCCGGGGGCGGCGGGAAGCGGCGGUGGCGGGUCCGGCCCUCCCGCUCCCGGUGGAUCCCGCACGGCUCAAGCGGGAGCCGGGUACCGGUACCGGCUCCUGGGGGAGCUCUGCCGCCCCCGUCGGCCCGGUGCGGGUCAAGCGGGAGCGGGAGCCUGAUGGUGACUCCGAUCCUGAGUCCGAGCCAGCUGCGCGCUAUGGCCGUUUCGACCCCGAGGAUCAGCGCAGCCGGCACUGCCCCUACCUAGAUACCAUCAACAGGAGCGUUCUAGAUUUUGAUUUCGAGAAGCUCUGCUCCAUCUCCUUGUCCCACAUCAAUGUCUACGCUUGCCUCGUCUGCGGGAAGUACUUCCAGGGCCGUGGGCUGAAGUCUCACGCCUACAUCCACAGCGUCCAGUUCAGCCACCAUGUCUUCCUCAACCUCCACACCCUCAAGUUUUACUGCCUCCCCGACAACUACGAGAUCAUUGACUCCUCGCUGGAGGACAUCACGUACGUGCUGAAGCCCACCUUCACCGCGCAGCAGAUCGCCAACCUGGACAAACAGGCCAAGCUCUCCCGUGCCUACGAUGGCACCACAUACCUGCCCGGCAUCGUGGGGCUCAACAAUAUCAAAGCCAAUGACUAUGCCAAUGCUGUGCUUCAGGCUUUAUCCAAUGUGCCGCCCUUGAGGAAUUACUUUUUGGAGGAGGACAACUACAAGAGCAUCCAACGCCCGCCCGGGGACAUCAUGUUCCUGCUGGUGCAGCGUUUUGGGGAGCUCAUGCGGAAGCUGUGGAACCCGCGGAACUUCAAAGCGCACGUCUCGCCCCAUGAGAUGCUGCAGGCCGUCGUCCUCUGCAGCAAGAAGAACUUCCAGAUCACCAAGCAAGGGGACGGGGUGGACUUCCUCUCCUGGUUCCUGAAUGCACUGCACUCGGCUCUGGGUGGCACAAAGAAGAAGAAAAAGACCAUUGUCACCGACGUCUUCCAGGGCUCCAUGCGCAUCUUCACCAAGAAACUGCCUCACCCAGACCUGACAGCCGAGGAGAAGGCACAGCUCCUGCAGAACACUGAGUACCAGGAGAUGAUGGUGGAAUCCACCUUCAUGUACCUGACGCUGGACCUUCCCACUGCCCCGCUCUACAAGGACGAGAAGGAGCAGCUCAUCAUCCCCCAGGUGCCCCUCUUCAGCAUCCUGGCCAAAUUCAACGGCGCCACCGAGAAGGAGUACAAAACCUACAAGGAGAACUUUCUCAAGCGCUUUCAGCUCACCAAGCUGCCUCCCUACCUCAUCUUCUGCAUCAAGCGCUUCACCAAGAACAACUUCUUCGUGGAAAAGAACCCCACCAUCGUCAACUUCCCCAUCACGAACGUGGACCUGCGGGAGUACCUGUCGGAGGAGGCGCAGGCAGCACACUCCAACACCACCUAUGACCUCAUCGCCAACAUCGUGCACGACGGGAAACCGUCCGAGGGCUCUUACCGUAUCCACGUGUUGCACCAUGGCACUGGGAAGUGGUACGAGCUGCAGGACCUGCAGGUCACCGACAUCUUGCCACAGAUGAUCACCCUCUCGGAGGCGUACAUCCAGAUCUGGAAACGGCGCGAGGAGGAUGAGACGAACCAACAAGGUGCCUGAGCCCCUCAGGGCCACCUGUGGGCCCCUUGGGGCCACCCAUAAGCCCCCUUGGGGCACUUUACAGCCCUUCUGGAGGCACCCAAAACCCCUUCAAGGGGCAUCCACAGCCCCUUCAGGACCACCGACAACCCCCCUGGGGCCACCCAAAACCCCCUCAGGGGCACCCUCAGCCCCUAUGGGGGCACCCAAAACCUCUUCAGGGGCACUCUACAGCCCCUCUGGGGGCAUUCAAACCCCUCUGGAACCACCCAGAGUCCCCUUCAGGGGCACUCUCGGCCCCCCUGGGGGCACUUACAGUCCCUCAGGGACACCCCAAACCCCCUCAGGGGCACCCAAAGCCCCCCCAGGGCACCCACAGCCCCCCUGGGGGCACCCCAACUGCUCCCCCGUGCCCCUCCUGCCAUUAAAAGCCACCCGCUGUACUUUGGUAA